AUGGAUCACCUGUUGGGCCUUCUUAGAGUUCGAGUGCAGAGAGGGGUAAACCUUGCUAUUAGAGAUGUCACUGCCAGAACCAGCGAUCCUUAUGUUGUCAUCAAAAUGGGCAAGCAGAAGUUAAAGACUCGUGUAGUGAAGAAUAGUACCAAUCCCGAGUGGAAUGAAGAUUUAACACUUUCAAUUGCAGAUCCAACUCUUCCAGUCAACAUUCUUGUGUAUGACAAGGACACAUUUACUCUUGAUGACAAAAUGGGGGAUGCUGAGUUCGAGAUUGGCCCGUUUCUUGAAGCGUUACGGGUGCGGGUGCAAGGCGUACCAAGCGGAACUGUACUUUCCAGAGUGCAACCGAGCAGGCAAAACUGCCUAGCUGAAGAGAGCUGCAUCAUCUAUACUGAUGGCCAAGUUGUCCAGAACAUGUGUAUCAGACUGAGAAAUGUGGAGAGGGGGGAACUGGAACUCCAGUUACAGUGGAUUGAUAUUCCUGGUUCCAGGGGUUUGUAA